CACUUCAUCUUUCUGUUCCAGCUGCUGGAGGACAACAUCGUCACUUUUGUCAGGAAUGAGCUGAAGAGAGUCCAGAGGAGUCUGAGUCCAGAUGACCCAGAAUGCUUAGAGAGUCAGAGUGAGGAUGAGGAGGUGUUGGGCAGUGAGGAGGAAGAGCAGAGGAGCAGCAGCAGAGACGCAUUUCUGAAGAUCACAGUCCACUUCCUGAGGAGAAUGAAGCAGGAGGAGCUGGCUGAGCGUAAGUCUAACCUGCAGAAGAAGUUCCAGUGUCUGUUUGAGGGGAUCGCUAAAGCAGGAAACCCAACCCUUCUGAAUCAGAUCUACACACCGCUCUACAUCACAGAGGGAGGAACUGCAGAGGUCAAUGAUGAACAUGAGGUCAGACAGAUUGAAGCAGCAUCCAGGAAACCAGACAGACCAGAAACAACAAUCAGACAAGAAGACAUCUUUAAAGCCUCACCUGGAAGAGAUGAACCAAUCAAAACAGUGAUGACAAAGGGAGUGGCUGGCAUUGGGAAAACAGUCUUAACACAGAAGUUCACUCUGGACUGGGCUGAAGACAAAGCCAACCAGGACAUACACUUCACAUUUCCAUUCACUUUCAGAGAGCUGAAUGUGGUGAAAGAGAAAAAGUACAGCUUGGUGGAACUUGUUCAUCACUUCUUUACUGAAACCAAAGAAGCAGGAAUCUGCAGGUUUGAAGAGUUCCAGGUUGUGUUCAUCUUUGAUGGUCUGGAUGAGUGUCGACUUCCUCUGGACUUCCACAACACUGAGAUCCUGACUGAUGUUACAGAGUCCACCUCAGUGGAUGUGCUGCUGACAAACCUCAUCAGGGGGAAACUGCUUCCCUCUGCUCGCCUCUGGAUAACCACACGACCUGCAGCAGCCAAUCAGAUCCCUCCUGAGUGUGUCGGCAUGGUGACAGAGGUCAGAGGGUUCACUGACCCACAGAAGGAGGAGUACUUCAGGAAGAGAUUCAGAGAUGAGGAGCAGGCCAGAACCAUCAUCUCCCACAUCAAGACAUCACGAAGCCUCCACAUCAUGUGCCACAUCCCAGUCUUCUGCUGGAUCACUGCUACAGUUCUGGAGGAUGUGUUGAAAAGCAGAGAGGGAGGAGAGCUGCCCAAGACCCUGACUGAGAUGUACAUCCACUUCCUGGUGGUUCAGUCCAAACUGAAGAACAUCAAGUAUGAUGGAGGAGCUGAGACAGAUCCACACUGGAGUCCAGAGAGCAGGAAGAUGAUUAAGUCUCUGGGAAAACUGGCUUUUGAGCAGCUGCAGAAAGGCAACCUGAUCUUCUAUGAAUCAGACCUGACAGAGUGUGGCAUCGAUAUCAGAUCAGCCUCAGUGUACUCAGGAGUGUUCACACAGGUCUUUAAAGAGGAGAGAGGGCUGUACCAGGACAAGGUGUUCUGCUUCGUCCAUCUGAGCGUUCAGGAGUUUCUGGCUGCUCUUCAUGUCCAUCUGACAUUCAUCAACUCUGGAGUCAAUCUGCUGGCAGCAAAACAAACAACAUCCAGGUGGUCUAAAGUGAUCAGAGACAAAUCAACCCGUUUCUACCAGAGUGCUGUGGACGAGGCCUUAAAGAGUCCAAAUGGACACCUGGACUUGUUCCUCCGCUUCCUCCUGGGUCUUUCACUGCAGACCAAUCAGACUCUCCUACGAGGUCUGCUGACACAGACAGGAAGUAGCUCAAAAACCAAUCAGAAAACAGUCGAGUACAUCAAGAAGAAGCUCAGUGAGAAUGUGUCUGCAGAGAGAAGCAUCAAUCUGUUCCACUGUCUGAAUGAACUGAAUGAUCGUUCUCUAGUGGAGGAGAUCCAACAGUACCUGAGAUCAGGAAGACUCUCCACAGAUAAACUGUCUCCUGCUCAGUGGUCAGCUCUGGUCUUCAUCUUACUGUCAUCAGAAAAAGAUCUGGACGUGUUUGACCUGAAGAAAUACUCUGCUUCAGAGGAGGCUCUUCUGAGGCUGCUGCCAGUGGUCAAAGCCUCCAACAAAGCUCUGUAA